GGCGUGGCGGGCCCGGUGGGCGGCCCCGCGGCGAUCCGGGAUGUCGGGCUGGCUCUUGGUGACGUAGCGCGCCGCUCGCGCCGCGGGAAGGGCUGCGCGAGACCCCCGGUCGCCGCCAACCGCCGCCCGGGCCCCCGCUUCCCCUCCCCUUCCGCCAUGGGCAGCGCCGCGGCGGCUGGAGCGGGCCGGGCACCGUGCCGCACCGGGGCCGCCGCUGGGCAUGUGCCAGGCCCGGCCGCCGCGUGAGCACCGGCAGCUUUGUCCGCCCCGGGCCAAGCCGGCGGCGGGUGCCAUGAAUAGCAGCUGCGCGUCCCCCGCCGCCGCCUGCAGCGCCGGGAUCGAUAGAGGCGGGGGCUGCGGACGCACCAUGGCCGGCAGCGGCUACACGGACCUGCGGGAGAAGCUCAAGUCCAUGAUGCCCUACCGGGACGGCCACAAAGGCGGUGGCGGCGGCAGCGGCAGCCUCCCCCGGGAGCCCCCUGAACCCCCUUACGAUCGCAAGCGGCGGCACCAGGAGGAUUCCGGUUCCGAGCCCAGCGACUACGAGGAGCAGAAGGAGGAGGAAGAAGCUCGGAAAGUCAAAAGCGGCAUCCGGCAGCUUCGCCUCUUCAGCGCCGAGGAGUGCGCCAAGAUUGAAGCUCGCAUCGAGGACGUGGUGUCCCGGGCGGAGAAGGGGCUCUACAAGGAGCACACAGUGGAUCGGGCACCACUACGGAAUAAAUAUUUUUUUGGGGAGGGUUACACGUACGGGUCUCAGCUGCAGAGACGGGGCCCUGGGCAAGAGCGGCUGUACCCGCGGGGGGAGGUGGACACCAUCCCCGAGUGGGUGCACGACCUGGUGAUCAGGAAGCUGGUGGAGCACCGGGUGAUUCCCGAGGGGUUUGUGAACAGUGCCGUCAUCAACGACUACCAGCCGGGGGGAUGCAUUGUCUCCCACGUGGACCCCAUCCAUAUUUUUGAGAGGCCCAUCGUCUCUGUCUCCUUCUUCAGCGACUCGGCUCUCUGCUUCGGGUGUAAAUUCCAGUUCAAACCCAUCAGGGUCUCGGAGCCCGUUCUCUUCCUGCCCGUGAAGAGGGGAAGCGUCACGGUGCUCAGUGGAUACGCAGCCGAUGAAAUUACACACUGUAUCCGACCACAGGACAUCAAGGAGAGAAGAGCUGUCAUCAUCCUUCGAAAAACAAGACUAGAUGCACCUCGAUUGGAAACAAAAUCCCUGAGUAGCUCUGUGUUGCCACCAGGUUAUAACUCCGACCGUCUGUCAGGAAACAACCGGGACCAGAUCCUGAAACCCAAGCGGUCCCAUCGCAAAGCAGAUCCCGAUGCUGCUCACAGGCCACGGAUUCUAGAAAUGGAUAAAGAGGAGAACAGGCGCUCAGUCCUCUUACCAAAACAUAGGAGACGGAGCAACUUCAGCUCCGAGAACUAUUGGCGAAGGUCUUACGAGUACACGGAGGACUGUGACGAGGAAGAGGAGGACGGCAGCCCAGCCAGGAAAGUUAAAAUGAGGCGACACUGAGGAUUUGCACUUUCCAGGCUCGCGGAGAUGAUGAGAUUUGCCUCCAGUCUGUGAAAACUUUCUCCUCCCUCUGGCUAUCUUCCAUCUAGCUUCAGUUUUGGUUUUUCCUUUCAGGCUGAAGGGUAAACAGGAAGGAUCUAGCGAUUUGGUUUUUAUGAAUGGAGGAAUGCUGAGACAUAUGUAAGGAUGGAACAUGUCCAGUGCACAUGGUGUCCUGAGUCAUGAGUCAAACGAGCAUCUCUCCCUUAGGAAGCAGAUAAAGUUAUGCCAGGCUGUCUGUUGGGAUUUCUUUUGAAAACACCAAAAAGUUUAACUGUUUCAUUGCGCAAGAUUCAGUAAUUGUUUUUUUGUUUUGUUUUGGUUUUUUUUUUGCUUUAAUUUUCUUCUUUUCCAAAUGUUCUAAAUAUGAUGUUUGUCCCCAGGAGCUGAAACAUUCUGUGGUGGCCUCAUAUUCUUUGCUUCACCAAAGGGCUCCUUGGUCUGCUCUUACCUGGUUGUUGUUGGGUUUGUUUUAAAGGUGCCCUGCAGUAACUGGAAGUUUGAAGUUUUGCAGACGCCUCUUAACUGCGAUUGAUUUCAAAGAGUUUAGGACAUUUUUUUUGUUGCACUUUAGUACCAGUUUUAAAUGCCAUAAGUUUCCUUUCUAGUCCCUUUUCGCAAGCCAGCGUGGGCUCGCAGCCUUGUGUCCCUUUCUGAGAAGAAUGUACAUGAGCUCUGGUUUCUCAGUGCCGGGCUGACCAGGGGAGUGUUUCGGUUGAGAGGAAGGAAAAUGGUGUCACUGAGGCUGGCCCAGUAUUAACCUGAGCUGUGUACUGGAGCCCUGGGGCUGCCCAGUGAUUGAUCACAUCGAGUAUAUGCUGCUGGCGAGAGGAAAGAGCAGGAGAGACGCUGUUCUUGUGAGGAUGCUUUCCUUGGGACCUCCUGAGAAGAGCUGUUCUCCGCUGCCUGGGGGCUGGUUUUCAGCACAUUGCUCCUUUUAGGUGGAGAAAACAAGAGAGUUGAGGUGGCACAGCGUCCCAGGACAGCAUCCGAUCCCGAGGGACUUGUGUCAGAGCAGGAACAGGCUGUGGCUGCGGCGCGUCUCCUCCGGGCUGGCUCUGGGAGUGAGGACGCUGCGAGGGUCUGGUUUGGCCCCAGUUCAGCGCAUUCAGCAGCUGCCCCUCCCCUCCUGGCUUAUUCUUGGGGGAGGGAGUUUUCUGGUUGCUACAGAAAAUGCUAAGAAUUGGGCAUUUGGCCCCAUGGAUUUAGUGUUAGAAAGUCUGCCGCCUUCCUCCUCUCCUCCCACCCGUGUUGCGUUAGGCCAGAUCGAAGCCUCAGCAUUUUCAAAGUUUGGGGCCCGACACCAUAUUUAGAACCGAACUUUUAAGAAACUUCCUCAAAUAGAUUCUUUGAACCUAAGUGUUGGCAGUUGUAAGGAGUAGUCUUAUUUUAAAAUUUUUACUGCUUUGCCCUCCCUCAAAUUGUAGUUUUUCUUAGUGUCGUGUCCCCCACACACUUCAUGGUCUGCACGCUUGGCAAUAAAAAGAUGUAAUAUAUUUUGAAACCUGUUUGCUGCUGUCUUGAGGGGAUCACAGUAAAAGAAAAACAAAACACGCAAACCAGAACCCAGUUGUUUCCUGGAGCGCCGUUCCUUUGCAAUCGAGCACGCUUGCUGACAUCUGGUCCUCAGUGUCCUUUUCCUUCUCAGCUGACUUCUGCAGCUCCUGUUGCUCACCUGUUGUUGGGGUUGUUGCUCACCUGUUGUUGGGGUUGUUGCUCACCUGUUGUUGGGGUUGUUGCUCACCUGUUGUUGGGGUUGUUGCUCAGGCUGGAACUAGCGGUCAAAUUAGUGCAAAGGAAAUUAUUGUCACUCUGUCUCUGAUUCCCUUUACCCAAUUGCUUUCCUGAUGAGAGCCCCUGUUGGCUCUGUGCAGAGGUGUGGGCACAGCCUCGCAGCCAGCCUUCCAAGGAACCUCUCUUGUUUGCCUAGUGAUCACAAAGUUUACACUUCUGCUUCCGAAACCUUUAAAAAUCAAUUUUCAGACCACGUGUAGCAUUUGAAUGGGUGUUCCUCACCCUCCCAGCUUUCUGCAGAGAAUCCAGGCCAGCUCUUGGCUACAAACCCCGUUUUGGAAAGCUUGAUGUUCCCCUGAUAGCAAACUGCACACAGGGCGCAGUGAUCCCUUCUCCUCUGUAGGGCUGGUGCAAAUAUCUCUGACAAACUGGCGACCUGCGAGCAGGAUGCCCAGCACUGCCUGCUCCAAAUGGUCUUUCCAGACUCAUCCUGGCCGUGCUCUCCUCCGUGUCGGUGUUGUGUUGGUGGCAGCGGUCGCUGCUGGAGGUCUCGGCUCUGUGCAGCCCCCUUUUCCCCACCAGCUCUCAAUUUUACACCUACACUCUGCAAUAUGGGUAUUAUACCCUGGUGUCAAAGCAAAGCUGGAGACAGCCGAGCUUUCCCUAGAGAGGGAUUCACGUUGGCUCAAUCUCCGCCAAAGGCUGAAUGAGGAUCCUGAGGUCUAAACCUCCAGCCCGGUACCAACCAUCACUUCAUCGUGGUCCUCGUGCAGUCUGGACACGUGUGAGUUUCCUCUUUCUCCCCGCUGGGGAUUCCUGCGUGCAGUGGUGAGGAGCUCUCCCCUCCCUCCCCCUGCCCCACGCCUGUGCUGUGGGUCGGAACCAGCAGCCGUGGCUGGAGGGACGGGAGUUGCUCCUCACUGGAGCUGCUCACCAGCCACUGUCUGUUCUCGUGUGCGCUUGGUUUUCAACCGGACUGGUUUGGGGCUUGACACCUCGAAGAGAGGGAGAGUGGGAUGUAACCGGUCUGAUCUCUUGGGUGAGGAGUCCUCAGUGUGUGGGCAGGUAUCUUCCCCACCUGUACAGACAUUUUCUAUACAUACAGAUAUAUAUGUGUAGAUAACAUGUUUUUUUAACUCUUUUGAACUGAACAACAUAGGAGUGAAACCUUGAUAGGAAAUGAGAAGACACAUAUUUCACGUGGAUCCAGAUGUCCGGAUCCCUUAAUGUCACCUGUCUGAUAAGACUGUUUCAAAAACCUUGGUCACGUCAUUGGCUUUGUCGUGUUGGUCGUGCGGUCUGACCUCUUCUCCACACACCCACAGCGUGUUGUCUGUGUAACCUCAGCCAUAAACUGGGAAUAAGGCAUGUCCAGUGUGAUGGUCCCACACACCCAGACCACGAGAACUGUCUUUCCUGAGGAAUGGGAAGGAAAGCAGUGUUUGUCCGUGCUUCUCUGCAAAGAGCAGGAGGAAUUGGGGAUUUUUUGAAUCUUGGAGACUUGAUCAUCAAACUGAAGCUCUUGCAUCGGUCGUGUGGGCUCAAUAUGUCUGUAGGACGAGAAGAAAGGGCUGUUUGCUGGUGGGAAGCGGUGAGCGGGCUCAGGGAGGGGCUGUCGGUCUGCGGUGGGUCCCGGUGCGGGCAGGGAUGCAGGCAGUGGAGCCUGUGUUGCCACAUCUGUCUCCGCACCCGCUGAGCUCUCAUCCAGCUGUUAGCCAAGAGCUGUUACAGCGGGAUCUGCUACGUCAGCAGGAGCUGCAGUCCCAGCCCCGGGAUGUUUGGCUCAUCCCAGAGAUCAGGGGCUUCCACGCGCGGUACUGGCACGAGCUGCCGUUUGCCGCAACCAGAGCUCCGUCCCUUGGGUUUUGGUGCUGUUGGCACCUUGCGUUCACCACUACAUAUCCGAACCCUGCGGGUUGAAAUGGCUGCGAUGCUCUGAGCAGCGCGUGGGGGGACGGGGUCCAGACCCCUGCCAGCAGCAAAUGGUCUUUUAUCUGCCAAAAGUGUUCACUUUCCCCAUCGGGAGGAGAAAUAUUCAGCUGAGAAGCACAUCUCUGCUCCUUCCCGCGCCCCUGCCCACACUUACGAGUUCUGGCUGACUUUAGUUUUGUUUUUUUAAAGAUUCUAAUUUUUUUUGUUUUGUUAUGAAUAAAAAUUAAAAAAAAAAAUAAAAAAGAAAGUGGCAAUAUUUUUUUCCUUAAGCUUUUCCUAGGAAAAAGCGUGGUUUGUAACAAAGUUGUACAGUUCUGAAGUUUGAGAUACCCGAAGUACUGUGUGAAACGCUGUAAAUGGGGCAGAGAUUAUUUUAUGUACAGUCUGAUGAGGGGGGAAUCUUUUAAUCCUGGUUGAUUCUUAGGAAGAAUUUGGUUCUUCACUGUCAGGGUUUGGAAUUUCAUGGUUUCAUUAUAAAUUUUUUUUCUUGUAUAGAUUGCUGCAUUAAUUGAAUAAAAGCAGAAAGCAUC